AUGUGUAUGAAUUUGACCUUAGAAUUUGAUUAUUGUCCACCACUUAUCUCUCCAAACCUAAGCACUACCAAUUUUCCAUUUUAUUUGUUUAUUUGUCAAAUAUACAAUGUUUUAAAUUGUAAAAUAGUAUUUGUUGAUAUUUUAUUCGUAUGUAGACUGUUAUUUCCAAAAAUUUAUCAAAUUCCUGUUAUGAUGAGUCAGUGGACUUCUGAUUGUAUUUUCAUGUCCACUAACAUGAUUAAUUUUAUCAUCAACACAUUUAGAUGUUUAUAACCUUUCAAAAAUGGUUGAUAAAUCCUGGAUUACCUUUGUAACUGAGUAUCUCAAGGAGGUUGAGAAGAGUGGUUCUAAUGAUUCUACUGAUGAACAGGAUUCUUAUUUAGAAGAUGACAUUAAUGAUUCCAAUUCUGUUAGCAAAUAUAAAAAGACUUGGUGUAACUCACUGGAUCGUUCAUUUGGUUACGCUUUCAGGUUAUUUUGUCGGUUCGUGGUUCUUAGAACUCUAAACGAAUCCUCCAUAAAGAAAAGAUACAAAAUAAGUUCUGAAGACUUUAUCGACGUUAUAGAUCGCAACUUUAAAUAUAAAGAAACUCGUCAACCCAAGCCCCUUCCCAAAUACUAUAAAUUCUACCCUAGAUACGCUAAGUGGCACAACAGGAUGGUUAAGGAGAAGAGGCUUCGGGGGAAUCUGAAGACCUGUAACAUGAGUUUUUUCAGGAAGCGGGCUUCACAGAAGUUUACACCCAAGAAGAAAGAAAUCAAAAUAACUCCUGAACGUUUGCUGAGGUACAAGAUCGUUAAACCUGUACAUCAAUUCCCUAAGGUUUCUCUAUCUGAAGCCUUUGAAUAACACAUAUUUAAAAGAAAUUUAAAUUAUUCAAAGUAGAAAAUUGGGCAGUUAAGGGCCUCCUCUAUUGAAGGCCUAUCAUUUGGCUCUACUGCGAGGAAGCUUUGGAUGAGUUUCUGAAGGCCAUUGACUAAGAAUGAACGAACCUUGCAAUCUUCCGACACUUUAUAUGUUUGAGGGAACUUAACCCCUGAUUUCGCCUCCUUGUACAAUCGGUCUGUAAAUUAUAUUUUAAUUUAAUCACAAUUUUAUAA